AUGGCCUUUUCACUUCGAUAUGUGGCGGAUCAACUUUUUUCUGAAGUUAGAUUUGCAAAGGAACAACAUGGUCAUCGUAAGUGUUGUUGGAUUACGUCAUUUUAACAAACUUAUACCGUGGUCUCUUUGCUUCUCCGUUUUUAAGUACGCUUACUUAUGAAGUUUUCUGGCUCUUCUCCUUCAGUGACAGAUGAGCUACUAUCUGCGUAAGUAUUAGCCCUUAUUUAUGACUCAAGAAAGUGAAUAGUCAGAGAGGUUUCGGGUGGUAAUAUCCGAGGCAUAGCGAGGCAUGCGAGGCAGCUGGGUUUUGCAUUCAACAUACACCAGUACUAGUAUAGUACUAGUAGUAGUUGAUGGACCGAGUGAAAGAAAAAAAAAACGUGCAGUUUUGUAAAUUUAGUCUAUAAAGUCCCCCUGAUGCCAUAGAGCCCCAUUUAUUUGUGAUGCAUGCUGUAAUUGGGUGAUUCCAGAAAAUAUCCAUACCAUACCACGGGCGGCAUCUUGGAAUUCCGAGGGAGAGGUUUCUUGGACUGGAAUUCCGAAGACGUGGCGGGGGGGUAACGCAGUUUGGAAUUUCAAAGGUAUGGGGGGGUGUUUCAGCUCUGAAUUUAGUGAAUUUCCAGAGGAAAGACGGCGAAAGCUCCGCUUGAAAUCGCUGACCUGUUAACAUUCCCAGUUUGUAAAUGAAGCACGAACUGACCACGGAAGAAGUAUGCAUUCAUGCAGAUGGGUAAGCAGAUGGGUUGUGCAGCAAGCUCCACAUCGAAGAGGCCUUAAAGUUGAUGAAUUAGUCAACUGAUUAAUAAAAAUAUAACCAAGUCGGUGUUUCUCGCCGAUUGUCGAUCAACGAUGUGUUGUUGCGUGCUGAAAACUCGCACCAGUCUCUCAUUUCCAAAUAGAACGCCUGACAGAUUUUGUAUUUCACACCGAUUUUCAUGCCAACAUGUAGGUAGUAAAAUCCGACAGCGUGCCUUUUGAUGCGCUGUUUAAUUCAAAACUGUUUAUGCGCAAGUGUUUUGAUCAUUCAGUUCUAAAUAGUUAUUUUUCCUCGAAAUAACUAUUUAUUCCAGGAGCUGAUAUCCUUAAACGGACGUAUAUUUGCCAAUAGAACUGGAAGAGUCAGGGAGAGGUUUACCUCAAAAAAUUAUAAUAGUUACUUUUCGUUCAUUUUUUUUAUUAUUUCCAUCAUACAUUUUACACGAUUAAAUUAUUUGUACAUGCAUGUUAUGUGUAGCGUGACAAAAAUAUUUGCAUAAACCUAAAAACAGUUGCUGAUCAAAUCUAAAACCGGUAUUUAGGGGGAAAAUGCAGUUCGGUCCUGAUUUUUCCUGCGUUUCUAUGAUUUGCUUGAUCGUCUGACUAAAAAUUGUGAACAGAAUUCUUUUGCAGAGGGAAAAAGUGCAAGUUUCUCGUUCGAUUGAAGAUUUAGGCAGAUGAACAGGAAUUCCAAAGGGUCUGAAACAAAAGUGGAAAAUUCCGGAGGAGAGGGGGGGUUAGCGAUUUUGGAAUUCGGAGGGCAAGGGGAGGAUAAGCAUUUUGGAAUUUCCGAGGGCAAGGGGGGGUUAAAAUACUCAUGCCACCUGUGGUAGGGUAUGGAUAUUUUCUGGAAUCACCCAUUUCGUACUUUUCCACACCAAUAGUUAGCCUGAUAUUGCAGUCAACAUUUUGUGACUCUCAUUUCUCAGAUGCAGUUUUUGUGGUGGAACCAGUUGUUGUUAGCCUGAGAUUGCAGCCAACAUUUUGUGACACCACCACUGGUUUCUCGGCAAAAUGACGUCUGUGGCACAAGUGCAGAAAUUCCAUACUGAUGAAUCAUCACUCCCCACGUCUGAGUGGUGCUUCUGAUUGGCUGAGAAUUUGCUUCAGCCAUUAAAUCAGAAGCAACAGAAGCACUAUCCAGAUCUGGGUAGUGAUACAUCAUCAGUAUGGAAUUUCUGCACUCAUUUCUCAGGCAUCAUUUUGUGGGGAAACCAGUUGUGGAAUCAGGAGAUGUCGCUGUUUUCUUAGGGUAACAAAUAGUUUAUUUGAAUAGAGUCAAAACUUCAAUGCAAGUAAGCUGUGUAAGGAAAUCUUGCCCUCUACUUUAUUCAUUAUUAUUCUAAACCAUUUUUAUUGAAUUCUUUGUUAGGUUGCACUGUGUUUUCCAUCAGCCAUUGCUACAUGCUUUAGACCUGGUAGAUCAGAGGAACAUCACCAGACUAACUACACCUAGUGGAAGAGUACUCCAUCAGGUAGAUACACUGUUGAGUAGCUUUCAUUUGAAAAGAACGAGGAAGCUGCCUAUGGCUAAUAGAGGUGUAACGAUUAAUAAUCCUUGUGAUUCAAUUUUGAUUUAGAUUAUUGCAUUCAAAUUUCAUUUAUUUUGAUUUGAUUAUGUAAAUGUUUCCUAAUUCUUAUAACAUACACUGUAAUAUGUUAUGUAAACAACAUGCAACCUUAAACCCUCAAUUUGAGAGUGGUAACAGGGACAGGAGGAUUCACGGUCACUUGGUUGUUUGCUGCCAUGUUUGAGAACCUGACAAAGAAGGUGUCACAUAGGGUUGCCUCAUUUGGAAAUUCUAAGGGUGGUUGAAGGAUAGCAUUAUUACCAGGCAAUACAAUAAUUAUUUAAAGGGCAUAUGAACUGCAAUUGUUUUUGCUUGUCAAUCAAAAUGCACAUUUUAAAGUGUUCUGGAUUCUGAUUUUACAAUAUAAUAACCCACUAAGGGCACCCUGGAAAAGGUAUACAAAAAAUGAACCAAAAUCGAAACAUGGAAGCAAAGAAUCGUGAAUCAAAGCGCAAUUAAUCAAGAAUUUGAUUACUCAUUACACCACCAAAUCUAAUAGCUAGUGCUACACUAGGAAAGGGGGAUCCUUAUUUAUAGCCAAAAUGUGCAAUGCUGUACCACUAAACUGGGAAUGGUUUGAGAGUUUUGCAUCUUAAAAAGGAUAUCAGGGCCUGGGAGAGGUACCGUAUUAAAUUUUAUUCGAUUAACCGCCCUGGGUGCUUAUUAAAUUUUUGGACCUUCAGAGUGGGCACUUAUUCGAGGCUGGGUGCUUAUUAAAUUUUCGCCAUUUUCAGCAAGUGUACAUGUAGUAUGUUUAUUUUGCAACAAAACAAUAAAUGCUAAUAACAAAACGAGAAGAAGUAACAAAGCAAGGUUUCUGUAAAAUACUCUGAAGAAAACUCCAUCCUCUGGGAAGUCUCUUAUUAGUACUUAUUCACUCAAGUGGGUGGGGUGGUGAGCACUUAUUUGAGUUUGAUUGGGAGAAGGAGGGGGUGGGAUUGGGGGUGGGUGCUUAUUAGCUGUUUCUGCCUUUAGGAUGGGCGCUUAUUUGAGAUUGGGUGCUUAUUCUAAUAAUAAUGCAGUACUUGACCAAAAUUUGGGUGUAGGUGAGCCGCUGAGGGUUUGAAACCCUGACCCUGUAUAAAAAAAAAAUCCUAAAAUACAUACUCUGUUUAGGACGAAAGACAAAAUGCACACGUUCUUGUUUUAAAGCCAUUUUUAGGCAAUUGUAAUAGAGCCAAUUCAUAUUAUAGUCAUUGCUAUUGUAUACUUGGAGCACAAAAAAAUGCAUGUAGCAAAGCAAAUCAAUUAAGGCAAUGCCCUGUUGUCUGUUGACAGACUCACAAGAAAUUAUAUAUUACCCUGUUAUAUUUAGGACACCUCAUAGGAAAAUUAUAUAUAGCGUUUAGGACAGAGAGGUAAAAAACCAUACCCUUUAGCAGCAUAUCCCCUUACAGGUCAUACUUAACAAUUAUUCAUCGAGCCCGAAUGGGAGGAAUAAAUAAUUGUUUUAGUAAAAUCCGACUAGUUGGUCAAAAAGAUCGAAACAAAACAACUUAAGCUACCCAAACGCGAUUCAGACGCCUUUGUUUUGGUUUGCAAAGCGGGAGCUUUUUGCUACUAGUGGGCUAUAACAUACAGCCCAGUAGUAGCUCAACCAAUCAGAACGCAGCAUUGAUAAUGGAGACCACUAGCUGGAUUUUACUAAAAGGGGUUAGUACUCCCCUUGACCCGGGUAUCAAGGUUGUCACUAAGAGCGGAGGGAUUUUCCCCUGGUUAACAUGAGUAUAACCCCAGGUUACUUUGAGAGGAAACAAAAGGAAAAUAGAACACUAUGACCUUCCUAGCUGUUACUUUUCCCACCUAAUAAUUGCAUAUACCCAGCAACUUGACGUCUUAGUGACAUCCCUAGGGUAUUUGACUUCACUACUUUUAUUGUAGCUUGUUAUAUGGGGUAUCUUGUACGGGGUGUAAACCUUUGUGGUGUUUGUAAAAUGGAAAAACAUAUAAGCUCCAAAUUAAAGAAACAAAGAAGAUGGUCACCAUCUUUGAUUUUAUCACUGAGAGAGAUUGGUGGAGUUGAAACCACAACCCUUUGGGGUAGGCAUAAUUUAGAGCAAAAGAAGGAAACAGGGAUGGGUAGGAGGGGAGAGAAAAUGCCUCCUCAUUGUUCAUUUGGGAAAAUCUUUACAUGGUUGCAAAGUGAGUCAAGGGAUAAGACCUAUGUGAUAUUACCUGCCAGUCAUAAAUUGUAAGUUGAUAGACCUUUUUGUUUAUGAUGUAGUGACAGGUGUACAUGUACCUGUUAUCUUAUUGAAACUUAGUUGAGAGUAUUACUCUGAUUAAAAUUUAAAACUUAGAAAGCCUUUUCACCUUGACGUCAUUUGCAGAGUAAAAUUUACUCAUAGUUUUAUUAAUAUUUUUGCCCUGUUUUAAGGUUACUGGAAGUUCCAACCAGGUAUAUAACUGCCUUAUAUCUGGUGAUUUUUGUACAUGUCCAUCGUAUACAUUCACAGGUAUGGGUCCUAUGCAGUGAAUUAUCUCAGAAAUACUUUGUCAAUUUUGUAUUGUCACUGUGCCCAUUAACCAAACUUAUGUUGACUUUAUAUAAUAAAGUUACUCAACAUUCUGGACUAGACAAUUUAUUUAUUGUUAGUAAAAGUUGCAUUUGGAAAUGUGAAUUAUGAAGCGAAAGGAAUGCCAGAGUACUUGGAGAAAAAAUUCUUGAAGCAGGGGCAAGAACCAACUACUAACUGGAAAACCUAUAACAAUAAAAAAGGGCUUGAUCAUCAUUUCUCCGAAGUACAGUCAUGGAACCUCUAUUCAUGGGACACCCUCGGGACCAAGGCAAGUGUCCCCUGAAUGGGGUUGUUCCCUGAAUGGAGGUUGCGGCUGGGGUUUGUUAAUAUUUAACCAAAAAAUAAAAUAUUUUUCUUUUAUUCUGCCUUGGGCUCUGCUGCAGUCAUCACUUUAAGGAGCUAAAUUAUGAUUCAAAAAUCAUCUCUGCAUUGUGUGUUGAAUUCCCACAAAAACAGUACAUCAAUUUACAUGAGAUAGUUCAUGUUUGAAAGGUGUCACCUUUGUGACUAGUGUACACUUAGACUUAGUCAGUCACUUUUCGAGUGCUAAGGUGUCCCUUGGAUGGCUGUUAAACCCAGGUUUUGGUACCCAGAAAAAGUGUCCCUCUCCCCUGAAUAGAAGUGACCCUUCAAAAGAGGUAAUAAAGACAAAGAUUAUGUGAUCAUUAAUUUUUGUGGAAGCAAAUUUUUUUAUCCCCUGAAUGCAGGUGUCCCUAGAAUAGUGGUGUCCCAAAGGAGAGGUUCCACUCUUUUAUGCCAGCGACGUUGCAGUUAUUAUGGGCUUAGCUGCCUUUAUCUUUUUACAUGUAAACUGUUCUUUUUUUUUGCAAGGGAUGGGUAAGCAUUAGCAGGAAAGUCUUGGUCAAAGUUUGCACUGACUCAGUGCAAUGUUGUUUCUUAUAAUUUUAAUUUAUAUUAUGUGCUUUUGUCUUUUUAAACAGUGUUGGUAAAGAUGGAGUCACUUAUGGUAAGCAGUUAGAUAAAAAACUACUAUUGUCCAUCACCUCCUUUUGCAUAUAAGUGUGGAAAUGUGACAAAGGUGGUCUUAUCUUCAUAUGUUUGCAGUUUGCACCAAUAUAUUCAGGGAUAUUUCUCACCCAGAAACAGCACACUUGCUUUUAAGAAUUAUUCUUAAAUGGAGUGUUAUAACCCAAGAACUCCUUAUCAACAUCUAAAAAUUCUUGCAAUGAAUACUCUGUUAAGCAAACAUAAUUCAGUUGAAAUGCUUCUAGCUUACAAGCGGUCUUUUGCUUUGCAUGAAGUUAAACCACCAGCUAUAGUAAUAAUUAGCCUUUUUUCCUCCUUGAUGUUAUUUUGAUGAAAUGAUCAUUCAAUUCAUACAAUUUUGUUGAGUGCCCCCUGCUAGAGUUUUACUUAACAUUCCUUGGUGAAUCUCCCCUGAAUUAUACCAAAUAAAUGCCAAAGUAUCAAAUUUUUAAUACCUCUGUGUUGUGAAAUUUUUUUUGGCACAUCUUAAGUGUCUUUAUUUUUUUUUUCCAAAAUCCACAGUGUAAGCAUCUCCUUGCUGUUCACCUUGCGGAAGCUCUUAGAGAAAGCAAAAAACAAGAUAUCAGUGAUGAAGACUUUGUGGCUUACAUGUGUUAUGACAGCAGUGCAGAUGAUAAAAACACCAAAGAACUGCAUGUAUAGUGCUGUUAUAGGGCCUUCUGGGAGGUGGGAGGGGUUACUCCCUUAUAUACAAGUCAUGUGGGUAUGUGCCACCCUAAACACCCAAAGGGUAUGGUUAUUGCACCAUUUCAGUCUUGAAAUGGGUGUAGACUUUGCCUAUUUUUGACUGGAAUUGGGUAUGGUUCAGUUCAAGGGAACUACUGAAGUGUAUGAGCAUAUUUGUCACACGAAUUCAAAAUGGAUAUUAGAAAGCUUUUUGUCAGCGUUUUAAUUCAAGUAUUAAUGUUGACACAAUUUCUGAUUAUGUAAACAUAUAUUUUGCAUUUUGUAACCUCUUUUAGGUCUGAAAACGGGUAUGGAAAAUGACACUUUUGGUUUUAAAUAUAGGGUCAGGAUUUGAAGCAGCCAGGCGGUACACCCCCACCAAAGAGUACUCCCUGGGCUGUUGUGUAGGAGCUGCUCCUAAGGUCACUCCUGAUUGGUCGCAGGAAACAAUGACAUGUCAUUCUUUUAAUUGUUUCCGUGUUGUCUAGGGUCAGGGUUAGUCACUCUUACAAGUAGCUGCUACGUGACCCUCCCGGGCUAGUGCCUAAAUAAAAAUGUUCUUUAUUUCCCUCUGUACUUAACUUGUUGAGAUUUGUCUAACCCACUGAAGCAAACAGAACUUCAGUUCAAGAUAUUAUCUUGUCCAUAAUUUCUGCUUUCAAGUAGAGAGCAUGUUAGCGAGACUUUUCCAGGUGUUUGGAUAGUGGAGAUCUUACUCAGACUGUGGUGCGAAUUCAGUGAGUGGGAAGAACCCCUUGCUGUGUUUCUCUUUGUGCUCUCCGAAUCACCACAUUCUAAACACCCCGAACAGACGAAGAACAGAACCAAAGGAGCUAUGUUGCAAAAUUUAACAAAAUUCAAACAGUGGGAACUGCCAACAAACUGAGUGAAACUUACAAAUCAACUGCACAAAAAUGAAAAGAAGGUAAAAUACCCAUAUAAUGCAGCAAAGGAGGUAUGGAUGGACAAACUUGAAGGAGAUUGGAAUGGAUUGAAAUUGUGGUUUUUGAAAACUUUUUAACCUAACAGUUUUUCAAACUUCGUUUUUGUUGUUUGUAAAGUUUCGUACACUGAUUUGGAGACAUUUGUUUGACAUGAAACAGUAUUCUUUUGAUAUCAUACACAAGUAAUUUUGCAAGUUCCAUAGCAGAUAAGGACGCGUCAUUGGGAUUUAAUUUGCCUAGUCCCUGUAAGGCGUCUUCCCAGGCCUUCUCGUUGCAUUUCAGUGACGUAUCCGAGACCUCGGACCAUGUGAUUCGAAACACAUCGGCCGCACACAAUAAUGAGGCCUAGGGACUAGGCAAAUUGGGAUUAUUGACAAAAUGAACCAGACAACCGUGACACAGCCCCUUUGAAGUGUCAGUGUACGAGCUCUCUUCUUAACCCUUUGCUUCAGUGCUUUUAAUUUAUCCUUAUGGAGCGUGGUCGUGACACAAUUCAUUCCUAUCUGGAUCAAUAUAUAGAGGAUAUUACCUGGCUGUACGGAGAUACAAAAUUUAUCUUUGAGUGUUGAAAAAUAUUUAGUGAGCGCAGCGAAUGAGUGAAAUAUUUUUUCAACAUGAGAAGACAAAUUUCAUAUCUCCAAGAGGCCAUGUAUAGGCACAAUUUAUUUUUGCCAUAGCAAUGGUGAUAUUUCAUGUGUGAAGAUAACAUGUUAUUUUCACAUGUGAAGACAUCAUGUUUUUGCGCAAAAGCUGGUCACCUGGUAUUUCAUUGGUGUUAAUAUAAUAUAAACUAUUAUCAUCC